AUGAAACAAUGUGACAAAAGAUGUAGAAAGUGUCAAGGGCUUCACCAUCAAUCAAUAUGCAAAGGUCAAGAUCAUCCAAAGGAACUUUCGAAGAAACAAGAGAUUCCCAAGGGCCCUGUCAAAGCAGACCCAGUCGGACCAACAGUGGCGACAUCAACAGUAAACCAGCAUUCAACAACUCAUGGGAAGAAGGUACUCCUACAAACUGCAACGACGUUUGCCUUUAGUCAUGACGAAAGCGAACUUGUUCCGAACAAUUGAAGGAGAAACUUGGCUUGGACAGUUUGCGAACUGAGACCCUAAACCUUAAUACAUUUGGAGACGAUCGAGUAACCAAGCAACGCUGUCAUGAAGUAAAGAUAAAGCUUGAAGCACGACCCGAAAACUUUGAAAUCUCUGCUCUUACCUUUUCAAAGAUAUGCUCGCCCCUCUCGAUGAAGUUAGAUGUGGAAGCCCAUCCACAUUUACAUGGCUUACAGCUUGCAGAUUCCAGUCUUAGUAAGGAUGUUCCAACAAACAUUGACAUUUUGAUUGGGUCUGAUCAUUAUUUCGAUGUUGUCACGGAUGAAAUUCGUCGAGGCCAAAGAGGUCCAGUAGCUAUCAACACUAUCUUUGGUUGGGUAAUCUCUGGUCCAACACAGAAUGCAGACAAAGAUAAUUCAUCGUCUACCAAUCUCAUCAUUCUGCGAGAAAAUUCGGAUCCAAUGAAGAAUAGUUUUGCUUUUGAAGACAAGAAUCAAGGCUUAACAAACGAACUGCGUAGAUUUUGGGACACUGAAUCUCUUGGGAUCCAGGACGAGAAGAUGGGGAAUGAUAAUUUCCUGAACGAGUUAAUAUACCACAACGAUGAGAAACGCUUCGAA